CAUUAUGGCCGCUUCCUGUUUCAAUUUUUCACAAAUUUCAUGAAAUAAAACGUCAUUUUCUCAAAAGUCUGCUUAUAUUUUAAAACAGAAACAUACUCAAGAGAAUGUCUAUUGAUAAUAGACAAAAGUCACAACAACAAAAGUCAUCUGUACCCCUUCUUUCUGAGCCGAGAGCCUCUUUACUGCUGCAACAACAAGCUCAAAAACAGCUCAGGGUUCAGCUAAUCGGGCAGCCCCAAGCUCGGUCUUCAAGUGGAGGCUCAAUAACUAUACCAGCUCGUGUUCUUGUACCUUCAACAGCUAGCAGCCCUGGCAGGCCAACCAGUCUCGCUAUAAACACUGUUGUGCCAGUUGCGUUUGGUGCGGCUGCUGCUGGUGUAAAGAAUAAGCCACAUCUACCGGGGAAACCAGUCGCUCAGAAACCUAAAGGUCAAGCGGCGCAAUCCACCACUAUGCCUCAUGCAGUGAAACCAUUAAAAGUCACUCCUAAAUUGAAGCCUCCACCUCCGUAUCCAACAGAUAUUGGUGCCCCUAACCCCCUCUAUGGACCACUUCUAGAGACAGCUGAAGCACUCUUGACCGAACAUGGAAAGCCAUUACAUUUGCAAGAAAUCAAGUGCAAGAUGCUUGAGAAGAAUCUGCUUGAUGUGAGCACAAUUGCGCUUCUUGAUGCGGCCAUAAUGCGUGAGGUUCAACUUGGGAGUCAUCGCUUUAAAAAGGUCGAUGGCCAACCUGGCGUUUAUGCUUUGACUACUGUUCCAAUACCAAUCGUCUCCAACAGUCGCCCCACUUCUGUGUCCAACUCGUUCUCGAAUCACGUGGGCACGUCUCAAGCUCAUGGCCAGAAGGCUGCAGACAGGGACUACAAGAAAUACAGAAAGCUGAAGAAGUUUAUAAAACAAACUGUUUUUUUGAAUGCUUCCCUCUGCGAUGAGGUGUCUCGUGUCGAGGAGAAACUUGCCCACUACAAAGAGGAGAGGCGAUUUUUAUUGCGGCGUGUCCUGCAGCAUGAAAUGCUACAGUCUGCGCGUCGGCCUCAAGCUUCCCCAGCCACAUCUCAAACUGCCAUGCUAAAAAAGCUGGUAUCAUCUCUACAACCCGCAGUAACUGCAUCACAACCUGUUGAACCUCCACCUCCUAUCAAAGCCGCACCAAACUUGGUCAAAAAAGAAAAGCCAAAAAAACGACCAGCGACGAAUCCAACGGCGAAUGUGCAGAAACCAAAGACAACCAAGGAGUUACUUGAUCAGCUAAAAGCGGCGAAGCCUAAGAAAUCCUCCAAGGCAGCUAAACGAACAGUCCAUCUGAUUCCUCUAGAUCACACCGGGCGGCCGAUCUUUCCCAUCUUACUAGGUGGACUGACCAUCCAUAGCCUAGGAGAGAUCAUAUCCGACCGGCCGUCCUUCCACUCGGCCGAGACCAUCUUCCCCGUUGGGUUCUGCAGUACACGGAUAUAUGCCAGCAUCAAGAAUCCCGACCAUAAAUGUUUGUAUACGUGUAAAAUCUUAGACGGCGGUAAUGGCCCUGUGUUUGAGAUGUCCCCUGAAGACGACCCAGCACAUGUUCUGACAGGAAACUCGGCGUCCGAGUGCCAUAGCAAGUUAUUACAGCUGGUAAAUAAAGCAAGAGGUGCUGAUGUCAUCGACGUCCGAGGGAAAGGUGUUGAUUUCUUCGGCCUGUCACACCCUACUGUACAGAACCUGAUCCAGAGUUCACCCGGAGCGAGGAAAUGCUCGUCUUAUCGAUGGGUGAAGUAUGAGGUCAUAAAGUCAGAGGGAAACUCUGAGAACCAGUACCAACCCAUGGAUAGUGACGUUACUAUUAACUUUGAUGCUCUGCACAUGAAUCCAGCUUUUAAAGCUGCCGGUGUGUGUCAGAAAUCAGGAAGCAUGACGCCAUCUGUCUCAAACACAAGUCUCCGAUCUCUUCUCACAAGUGGACCAAUGAAAACAGAGCCCAGCUGACAUACGGACAACUCGAUAGACUCGAUGGAGAGUUUGGAAGACAGUGAAUAAUGUCUGCUGGCUGCUCUGGUUUGCCUUGAUGGUGAAACAUUCAGCAAAUGUAACAUUGCGUGAAACUGUGUCAGCCAUUCUCCAAGAAGCUUGAGGGAUAUUCUCUCUGCUAACACAGACAUCCACUACCAUGUGGUCACAGGCAUGUGAAGAUCAACAUGACAAAUAUCAUAGCAAUGCAAACAAGACUAUAGGAACGAGCCUGCAUGCCUGUGCUCACAUGGAACGUUCCUUGAAAUAGGCCAAGUUGGUAUGACCGUACUUCGGCAUUUUAUUUUUGUAAGUUUCUCUGUGUACCUGAUUAUGUGUACAUGUUGACAUUUGGGCAAUUUAUUAAUGAAUUUGUUGAUUAACAAACCUGCUUAUGGCGUGUAUGGUGUACAUGUAUUAGCGAACUAUACAUGUAGCGUCUCAAAGCUGAAAAGUAGUCUAUAUACUACGACUACCUCCAAUAGGUCUGGUUCACAUCGAACCAUUUCUAAACUUUUAAUAAAAAACUGUGCUCUCUCACAAUAAUGAUGUUGUAAUCUUAUUGUUGAAUUUGGUACAUAGCCACACCUCCGACAUGUGAUGGUGAGGACAGACCCAGCCUGGUCACUGCUUGGACCUCUAGUAUG